GUUGGAGGGAGGGGGCACACAGAGACAGUCAGAGGGGGCAGGCGGUGCUUCGAGAGUUAACACCGCCGUGAUAAGUUGGCUUUCUUGCUGGGAAUCGGCUGGAAAAGUGUCCAGUUGGGUUUACACCGAGCGAAUUUUAACUUUAACUUGGUAAAAAUGAGAAUUUCGCCCCUGCUGUCGUUUUCUGGGAUCUUUGUCUGUGCACUUUUCCCUCUGGUUAUCUGUAAGGAGCAACGAAUCCCCGACGGGAAGCUCCUAGUUGUGACAGUUGCAACCAAAGAGACUGAUGGCUUCAAGCGUUUCUUGAGGUCGGCUAAACAUUUUAACUACACUGUCAAGGUUCUUGGUCAGGGUCAGAAAUGGAAUGGAGGCGACUACAUGUCGGCUCCAGGAGGAGGCCAGAAAGUACAACUCCUUAAAGUAGCUCUGGAGAAGAUGAAGACCGAGGACAAAAUCAUCCUUUUCGUUGACAGCUACGAUGUGGUUUUCGCUUCGGGCCCCAAAGAGCUGCUCAAGAAGUUCCAGCAGGCCAGACACAAGGUGGUGUUCUCCUCUGAGAGCCUCAUCUGGCCGGACAGACACCUUGAGGACAAACACCCCCAUGUCAUCGAGGGCAAUAGGUUCCUAGGCUCAGGAGGUUUCAUUGGCUACCUCCCCAACAUUAAAGAAAUGAUUGCUGACUGGACAGGAAAAGACAGUGACAGUGACCAGCUGUUCUUCACUAAGAUGUACAUUGAUGCAGCGAAAAGGAAAUCCAUAAAUAUCACACUGGACAGCAAAUGCAGAUUGUUCCAGAACCUUCAUGGAGCCCUUGACGAAGUGGUACUGAAGUUUGAGGAUGGACGGGUACGAGCCAGGAAUGUUCUGCAUGACACCCUACCUGUCAUCAUCCAUGGGAACGGACCAACGAAGCUCCAGAUCAACUACCUGGGUAACUACAUCCCCAACACAUGGACAUUUGAGACAGGAUGCACAGUGUGUCAUGAGGACCUCCACCCACUGACAGCUCUGAAGGAGAGUGAGUACCCUCUGGUGGUUAUUGGCAUCUUCAUUCAGCAGCCCACCCCUUUUGUGACAGUGUUCUUUGAGCGCCUACUGAAGCUCCAGUAUCCAAAGAACAGACUUAAACUCUUCAUCUACAACAAGGAAGCUCAUCAUGAGCAACAGGUCAGCUCUUUCCUGAAGGAUCAUGGAAGCCUUUAUCAGGAGGUGAAGUUCAUCAGGCCUGAAGAGGAGAUGGAUGAAGCUGCCUCCCGCAACCUGGGCUUUGAUACGUGCCGGAAGGACCAGGACUGUGACUAUUUCUUCAUGUUGGACAUUGAAGUGGUCUUAAAGAAUGAGAACACACUUAAAAUUCUCAUUGAACAAAACCUUCCUAUUGUGGCACCGAUGAUAACUCGAGCUGGUCGACUGUGGAGCAACUUCUGGGGAGCCCUGAGUGCAGAGGGCUACUAUGCCCGGUCUGAGGACUACGUGGACAUUGUUCAAGGACGCAGAGUGGGUGUGUGGAAUGUCCCAUAUGUGUCCAGUGUGUUUCUGGUGAAGGCCAGCCUCCUUCGAUCAGAACUCAAAGACUACGAGCUGUUUAGCUCACACCUCUUAGACCCUGACAUGGCUUACUGCCACAACAUUCGCAGCAAGGGAAUCUUCAUGUAUGUUACCAACAUGCACACUUUCGGGCGCAUCCUGUCAACAGAAAACUAUGAGAUGAGCCAUCUUCAUAACGAUCUGUGGCAGAUCUUUGAAAACCCAAUGGACUGGCAGGAGCGCUUCAUUCAUGAGAACUACACCCACAUCAUGAAAGACAAGCUGAUUGAAACCCCUUGUCCUGAUGUGUACUGGUUCCCAAUUUUCACUGAUGUUGCUUGUAACCACCUGGUUGAAGAAAUGGAACAUCAUGGGGAGUGGUCAGGAGGACACAACGUGGACACCAGAAUCCAAGGUGGCUAUGAAAACGUCCCCACAAUCGAUAUUCACAUGAAUCAAAUCAAUUUUGAAAAGGAAUGGCACAAAUUCUUACUGGAAUACAUUGCACCAGUAACAGAGAAAAUGUAUCCCGGUUACUACACCAAGUGUUCCACUCCCCUGAACUUUGUGGUGAGGUACAAACCUGACGAGCAGCCCCUGCUCGUCCCUCACCACGAUGCCUCCACAUUCACUAUUAACAUAGCUCUCAACAGCAAAGGCAUUGACUACCAGGGUGGUGGAUGCAGGUUUCUCCGCUACGACUGCUCCAUUCAGGCUCCUCGCAAAGGCUGGGCCCUCAUGCACCCAGGCCGCCUCACCCACUACCACGAAGGCCUGCCGACCACCUCCGGUGUUCGGUACAUCGCAGUCUCCUUUGUGGAUCCCUGAAAUUCCAAAGAUGGCACACAUCACCACCUUGUCAAGACCAAACAGGACACACACUGGCCGCAUCCUUCAGCAUCACAACUGCUCUUUAGCUUCUGAUGUUAGUUUUAAUGUCCAGAAUGAUGAUAUUAUUUCUGCCUUGCUUAAAUAAGUAUACACAAUUUAUAAUUCUGAUCACCUGAUUAUCAGGAGAAUAUCAGUGCUGUUUGAUGAACCGUAAAACACAGAUGCAUAACAGAACAAGGACAUGUUAUCACCAGGUUAGAGAACUGGUGCAAAAGUAACACUUCAUUCACGUCUCCACAGAUGAGAUCUUUUCACACAGUGUUUAUGACUAACACAUGUCAUCUGUCAAACACAGUUUUCUUUUCAGAAUUUGAUAGCAUUAUAGCUAUAACUCAAACAAAAGCAGACCAAGUUUUACGAAUGUAGUCAAGGCCCCAGGGCCCAGGACCUCCAGUGCUUUGAAAGGCUGAAGUUAACUUGUUGGUUCAUCGUAUUGUGACUGAUUUUAUGAAUGUGCAUCACUUCAUCACAGCAUCAUCUGAAAUGAUAAGGCAGUGGUUAUUACAUUCUGUGUAUCAUAAUUCCUGAGUUGAGUUGAUAUUGUGUUCACAUGGUACAUGGUAAAAUCCAGAUAUAUCUCACUAUCGCACUAGCAUCACACUGAUCUGACAUGAGGCAAACCUGGGGACAAGCAGUGUUUACAGGAUAAGAGUUUGUCUGGGUUCACACACUUGACACACCAACAUCAUCACAUUUUGUCCUUAUUCUCUGAUAAAAUGGAUGUGUUACUUUAGUCCCAGUUCUAAACUAAGUUGUGGAAAAAUGUUGGCACAUGCCUUUGUGUCUAAAGAAGAAGGUCUUUAGUCUUCCCUGUAGUAAAUAUGUUGGAACACAAAUUGUUCACUUGGAUCUUGGAACUUCACUACAGAUGUAUAUUUUAGAAUUCAGAGAUUUAAGGGAAAAUUAAAUUCAGUUUUCACUUAUCAUGUGAUGAUAAGAUAUGUCACCACAUUUUUAACGGACAGCCAUUGUAAACUGGGAAUGUGCAGGGCAACAGGUAAGGGCAGCGACUGCAUUACGGCAAUUGUAGAAUCCAGUGAUUUAAGUCCAUAAUAUUAAGUUUAACUUAAGUUUUAACUAUAACUAUGAAAUGAAAGGAUGUUUUGCUGCCUCUCACAGCAGCUGUAGACUGAGAAAAUAAUUAUUUAAUUCACUGGGACAACUGCCGGCAACUUUAAGGUGGAAUAUUUACUUGUAAUGUUACUCAAUGCUUGAGUUGACCACUUGAAUUCAUCAACACACCUUUAAUUUCAAUAUGAUAACUUUGACCAUUCCAUAAGUUUUUAUUCUCUCUCUUGGAUGACAAACACUUUUAGUUCCUGUGGACUGUGGCAACACUAAGCCCCUGCGCUUGCCUAAAAAGGACUAAAUCCACAGACCUGCUGUUUUUAAAUAUCCCAUGGAGAGAGACUCUCACUACAGCUUGAUCUGUGUUGUUCUAAAAAUGUCAGUGUGCAACCCCGUUCUGUGGACGAUGAUCAAAGUGCAAACUUCCCUCUGUGUGCUGGACCAAACAAUGAGUGACAAUAACCCCACCCACAUUUAAGAGUGCUGUUUGCUGUGGAAACGUUAAAUGGAUCUAGGGUCUAGGUACCAUGUCUGAAGGGUUAUUUUUGGUUCCAAAGGUACUAUACCGAAAACAUUUGGUGGAAACGGGGCUAUUGUGACAAUCACAGUCUUAAUGCCAACCACUGACUAGCAAUAGCUAAAGUAAGCUAAAUUAGCAUAGUCAUACUUAAAAAGAAUACCAGUUGUAACAUUACCUGACGCAUCCAGUCUGGCUCUGACACUCUUCCAUGUGAAGGCCCUCCUGUUUAUGUCCAGAUAACUCCAAACAGCUCUACAUUUUCAGGAAACUCAGAAACAUCCAUUGAAUAACACUGACUGUCACAUAGGAAAAAGGGGUGUGUGUGUGCAUUAGAUGAGCACUGUUUCACAGGAUUGUGCCCACUUGUCACUCAGCCUGUCAAGUCUCCUCCCUACCUGUCCUCUUGUCUCUAAUUGAAAAUUGUUUACGAGGCGUGUCAGUCACUCCCUGUCUAAAAAGUCAAUUUUUUAUUAUAUGUCAACUGGUUAGUAUGAGGGGUGGGAGGAAAAUCAAUAUAGCACAGCAUCGCAAUAUUUUUGUAUGGCAAUGUCAUAUCGAUGCAUGUCAAGUUUUUUUUAGUUUACCUUUGGGGGCAUAAUCUGCAGUUGAAAAGAGGUAACAAAUCACAGCAUGUUGUAUCACAAUACUUAUCGUAUCGCAACAUGUUUAAGAUCGUAAUAAUAUUGUAUCAUGAGUUAAGUAUCGUGAUGAUAUCCUAUUGUGGGGCCUCUGGUGAUUUUAGUUAGUACUAAUGUCAAUGAAAAAUGUUUAAGAAUAUGCAGUUGUUUAAGCACACUUGUCCUUGAUCUCAAGACUCAGUCUUGAAGGUACACUUUACAGGGCUUCAUUGUCUACUCCAGGUUUGUGCCUUCUGUUGCAUAAUGCUUUAACAAUGUAUUACACUGAAUUUGCACAACAUUUGUUUUACAUAUAAGAUUUUCUCCAAUGGAAUUUUCUUGGUCAUCUAGCUAUGUGAGGAAUGGAUGAGUCAUUUAUAUCGUUGUCGUCACCAUAACGCAUGGAGCCACUGUGGAGCAGCUGUUGGAUCUCCCGUUUGGUCUGGAGUGUGUGAUGUGGAUCAGGAAUCUAGUUGAUCCUGUCGGGCCUUGAGCUGGACUUCUCUCAGGAAAUCACCAGCUCAGAUUUAUUAGAAAUGUUUCUAAAAAACAUAUUUAUGUUGUUGAAUUUUACUUCAGUGAGUAAGUAAUGCUGUCUUUCUCUGUAUCCAAAGAAAUUCUUUUCUUUUACUCUUUCCUGAGCUGAGACACACCAAAGUCUGUCAAGUUCCUCUUAUUUAUUUUGUGUAUAUUUUAUUUGAUAAAAGACAUACUCCUCUUUUUUUUGGGCAUUGACAAUAUAACUGCUUUUUUUUAGAUUUCAUAUUGGAAUCUGAGUUUAGUUUUCCUCUUGCACUCACAGAUGUCAGUCAGUUGAGUUAGUAAAAGUGUAACACACACUGUUGUAAUUUCUUGUUACAAGCCAUCACUGUGCUUUGAAUACAAUAACAGUGAUAUGAAAAGUCCGAUUAACUAUGCAGUCUGUCUUUUUUUUUUUUUUUUUUUAAACUUUAAUCAGAAAUAAACCUCAGGUAUGGGAAUCAGACCAAUCUGUGAGC